GAUGCUGAGCUCAUUGCUGGUGCGCUGGAGCCCGCUGGGCUUCCAGUGUGAUCUCGUGCUCUUCUCCACGAGCGGCCCCGGCGGGCGCGCCUUUUUCUCGGCCGCCUUUCAUCGCGUCGGGCCGCCGCUGCUUAUCGAGCAUGUUGGGCUGGCAGCUGGUGGCGUACAGCAGGACCUCCGCCUAUGCGUGGGCUGCAGCUGGGCGCGAGGUAGGCGCGUCGGCCGCCUUCGCCCGGCCGCCUCCAGCCCAACCGCAUCGACUCCUCCUUCGGCUGCCCUCUACUCCUGGUCUACUCCGGACCACGGACAGCCUUGGCAGCAAGGGGAGCGACUCCACUUCUGCUGUCUGGAUUUCAGCUUGGAGGAUCUCAAGGGAGAUCCCGGCUGGAGGAUGAACCGCAAGCCCAUCGAGUCCACCCUGGUGGCCUGUUUCAUGACUCUGGUCAUCAUCGUGUGGAGUGUGGCUGCCCUCAUCUGGCCGGUGCCCAUCAUCGCCGGCUUUUUGCCCAACGGCAUGGAGCAGCGGAGGAAUACCCCCACCUCGACAACAGCUGCAGCGAAAUGACCGUCUUCCUCCCGUAUCUGGUCCGAUGUCACACAAGUUGUAUCGUUGAGAGGCUCUGGAUGGGGAGGGGCUCUUAUCUUGCGGGCUGGAUGGAGGGGUUCUUAUCUUGGCAUAAGUUGAUUAUUUUUUGUAAUAUUAAAAGGAAUCUAUUUUGUAAAUUAUUAUGUUAAAGCCAACUUCUUGAUGUUGGAUGUAGAAGGCUAGAGUUAGGUAGGAAUCUUCGAACUGGAUUGAUUUGUUCCCAGUAAUUCUUUUGAAAAACAAUCUAUACUUGCUUCUAGUUAGUUUAGUUAAGAGACUUUAUAGGUAUAUUUAUAAUGUGCCCAAAUUCAUAUCUGAUGAAAUGACCAAAACCUGUGUAUUUGCUUUAUAUAUUUAAAAAGAAACUCUUUUAAGUCAAUAUUUUAGUAGCAAAGCACACAAGUCCAGUGCAUUUCACAGUAGUUGUAAGUUAUUUGUAUACAAAUACAAUUUGUCUUUGCAAAUGUAAAUUUACUAAAAAGAAACUUUUUGGCAAUACUUAAAUUUGCUAACAGUACUUGAUGGAUCUGAAUUUCAGGCACUCUUUUAUAGUGUGUGUGUAUGAUUGGUUCUUAUUAGAGAUAUUGUGUGUUUUCUUAUGUAAAUUUGUGCAAACAUUAAUACAGAUUUUAUUUGCUGAAGUGUCCAGACUUUGCAUGGCAUUUUUCUAUCAGUGAUUUUGCAAGUAUAAAUCAAAUAGAGGAAGAAGCAAGGUGUUGGUGCCUCUCUUUAUCCUCAACAUUCAAUAUAAAAUCCACUGUGGAAUGAUGGAUAAUCAUUAUUUUCUUCUUCCGAUUUUAUAAGUCAAAUCUUUGAAAAAAUUGAUAAAGCUGCCUUCUCUAAUCUAAUAUGGCAUAGAAAUCAACAGUUGCCGCAUAUCUAGGAGAUGCCACCGGAUAAGGCUGUCUAAUUUUUUGUGUAACCUCUUUAUAGUAACAAGAAUUCUACCAUUAAUAGGUUGCAGAUGAGGAGUACAUUGUGUGCAGAAUCCAUGGUUGUAUGUAAUUUAUAAUAAGCAUAUUUAGUCUAAAGCCCCCUACCCCAUUUAUUAAAAAACUUUUUGAGACAAUUGCCAACUAAUUAUACAUUCAGUAAAAUUCUGUUAAUUCAGAAUAUUAAUUUUAAGUUAAAUUUGGAAAAUUAGGGUUCAACCUAGAUAAAUUAAAAAAUAGUCAUACACUGUGUAAUUUAAGUUAUAGUAAGUUCCUGCACAAUAUUCUGAAAUUGCCGACUGGCGACUACGCGGAGGAGAGCCUUCUCAGUUGCAGCUCCGACAUUAUGGAACAACCUCCCCGUGG